AUGGCCCAUUGGCCGGCAUUUGUGCCGCAUCCGGUGCAAUACCCAUUACGAUUGACGGUUACACGGGAAACAUCACUAGCCGAGGAUGAUAGAAGUAUAUUAGCGGAGGCCAGCCGUCAGCUGCUACAGCUUAAUCUAGGACAUGUAGAGAAUAAUACAAUUCUCCACACACAGCGUUUAUUGUCUGGUUACAAAAUCGUUAGCAUGGAGUUCAAACUGGUCAACGCAAAACCAUUCCAAAAUCCCAGGGAUUACUUUGCGACUGUCCGGCGGCAAUGGUGUGAGCAGAAUUCGGACAACAUGCCAUGGCUUGGUACCGAGGAUGGUGAUUUAUAUUCCAUUAAAGGAAAAAACACACCUGUUCAUAGAGAUAUGAAGAUUACACAACUUUCGCUUGGGGCUUUCAUCGACCGAGCCACAUACGCAAAUCACUAUGAUAGUACUGACAGCCAACUAAACAUAGUCUUGCAUUUAGAACACGACAUAAAUAUGUUUACGUUGAUGCUCACUCGGGAUGGUGACGAUGAUAAUGAAGUCCCUUACAGAAUGGAGCUUAGAUAUGACGAAAUGGACAAACUGAUCCUCGUGAACGACACUAAUUCCGCCCUCGACGUCUACUUCCCACUAAAAUACCCGCCGCGUUUGAGCAUGGAAAUCGAACAUCCAACAACACGUAAAACCGUGUGGGAAAGAAAAAAUAAUUUCCCAGGUUGUGCGUGUGAAGUAUUCGGCAACUCAUCUGUCUUGCGACUACGCUUUACCGGUGAGGCACGUCAAAUUCGUCGAGCAUUCGGACGUUUCCGUGGGCGCGCAAGGUUUAAGAUUUACUAUAUCCGUAUGCGUACCGUCUCACCGCCGACAACACAUUUCAGCAAACCAACGAUGCCGAACUACGAAACAAGCUACGCUUUACGAUGUGUAGAGAGUCGAGGUUAUGUCGUAACUGACCAAUUAAAUUCGUUAUAUACAGUUCUGCGAUCGAAUAUGGCCAUUGACCCAGACAUCCUAUCUAAGGCUCUGUAUCAGCUAGCCAUUGAAAUAGAAAAUGAGCGUUUUUUAAAUAUAGGUCUUUCCUUGGAACGUCUUAUUGAAGAGUUGUCUAAAGACAGUGACGAUGAUGUUCAAGAUAUACCUAGGCAGUGUAGGUAUCUACGCCGUGUUAUGGUCACCCCUUCCCGUCUGAUAUUUCUCCAGCCCGAAUUAAUGUUUGAAAACCGGGUACUCAGAAGAUACAGCGAAGAAUACUGCGCCAGAUUAGUCUUCAAAGAUGAGAACUAUCAACGACUUUCUAAUCCAGUAUCAAUUUCAAGUGAUGUUGCAAACAAGAUUAUUUCCACUCUACAGAAUGGCUUCCAGGUGGCUGACCGCAACUACGAAUUUCUGGCAUGCUCCAAUAGCCAACUACGAGAGCAUGGGUGUUGGUUCUACGCGAAGGAUAACCAUGGCAACACAGCAGCUAACAUCAGGGAAUGGAUGGGCGACUUCAGUAAAAUUCGUUGUGUAGCUACGUAUAUGUCAAGGAUGGGCCAGUGUUUCUCAACAUCGGAGGAAACUGUGAAUGUGACAGUCGAAGACGUCACUGUUUCCAAUAUUGAAGACAUCACAGGAGGCAUGGACAUUAAUCAGAAGCCAUAUUGUUUUUCUGACGGUAUUGGCAAAAUAUCUAAACAACUAAUUGAAAAGAUCUGCGAAAAAACUGAGAAACAUGUUGUGGCAUCAGCUUAUCAGAUCAGAUAUGCAGGAAGUAAAGGGAUGGUUGCAUUGGAUCCUAGUCUUACCGGUGAACAGAUUAUGAUCAGAAAGAGCAUGCUCAAAUUCCCCAGCGAACAUGACAAUAUUGAGAUCAUGAACUUGACGAAACCAGCCCGUUUACAUCUAAACCGUCAAGUUAUAACAAUAUUAUCAGGCCUUGGGAUAGAAGACAAAGUGUUCCUGAAGCUACAACACAGAAUGCUGAACAACUUGGCCAAUAUGUUUCUGAAAGAAGACGUUGCUGCCGCCUGGUUGAGUCGUAGAUCUCAAAUUGGCAUUAAUUUUAAACAUAUGAUGACAUGUGGAAUCAGUCUAACCACGGAACCAUUCUUCAAGUCAUUGUUACAAGCUGUCUACAAAAGUCUUCUUGGUGAACUUCGACGGAGAGCGAGGAUUAUACUCCCUCCACAGUUUGCACGCAAUAUGAUGGGUGUUAUAGAUGAGACAGGUGCAUUACAAUAUGGCCAGGUAUUUAUACAAUACUCUAAAAAACUGGAUAAACCACAAAAAGAAAAGAUUGUCCAUUCUGGCCCUGUUGUUGUCACUAAAUUUCCAUGUUACCACCCUGGUGAUGUCAGGAAGUUCCAGGCUGUAGAUAUCCCGGCACUAUACCAUCUGAUUGACUGUAUUGUAUUCCCGAGACAAGGACCACGACCUCACCCAAAUGAAAUGGCUGGAUCUGACCUGGAUGGGGAUGAAUAUUUUGUUACCUGGUUACCAGAACUUCUGUUCGACCGAGAAAACCAUGAAGCUAUGCCCUUUCCGGCAGCUGUGAAGAAAGAGCUAACAAAUCCAGUUGAAGUUGCUGAUAUGAUAAAGUUUGUAACAGAAUACAUUCAGAAUGAUUGCUUGGGGUUAAUGGCCAAUGCACAUUUAGCAAUGGCAGAUCAGCAAUCUGAUGGUAUAUUUUCAGAUAUGUGUUUAAAUAUUUGUAAACUAUUGUCUGAAGCUGUUGAUUUUGCCAAGACUGGUAACUGUCCAACACUUGAUAAAAAUCAACAGCCAAAUACAUAUCCAGAUUUCAUGGGGAAACAAGACAAAACUAAUUACAAGUCAAAGCAUAUUCUUGGAAAACUAUAUCGCCAUUGUUGGUCUCUUGAAAGUGCUACGAUUCCCAAAUUACGGGCACAUAGUUACCACAAAGAUAGUGACUAUGAUGUCAGGAAUGUUGAGGUUGACCAGUCAUUGUUAUAUCCAGGAUAUGAGGAGCACCUUUCUUUUGCAAACAAAUCACUGAAGAAAUACAACAACCAGUUGCGUUUAUUAAUGUCUCAAUAUGGCAUUGAAAGCGAGGCUGAAGCUAUAUCUGGGUGUAUCACCAAAUUAAACAAAAGAAUAACAGGAAAGGGUGAGCGAUUUGAUGCAGAGAAGGUCAUCAGAGCCAAAUUGGCACACUUGAGAUCAGUUACCAGAAGAGAAUUUGAUUCCUCAUUUGGAGAUGAAGCAAAUGGUGGUAGCGAUAAUGAUGAUGAGGAUGAGGAAAGAAACGACAAGAUAUUGGCCAAGGCAUCCGCAUUUUAUUAUGUUACAUACAGUCAGAGAGAUACCCAACUAAUUAGUUUUCCUUGGGUAGUAGCUGAUCUCUUGAGAAAGGUUAGGUUACGGGGACAACCUAAUGUCUGCAAAAAUCCCCUUCUGAUAGAUAUCAGGUCUCAAUUGCUUGCGCCUUUCGAAGAUCUUUUAAUUAGAGAUAGACUCCCAAUAGCCUAUUUAAUAGAGUUUUGUGAUGACAGUGAGCCGAUAGCUGAUGUCAAACAGUAUCUCGUGAAUUACCCCUGUUUGAUGCCAGUAGCUAAUAUGAUAGUACUUUGGUCUGAAAAGCAUAAUCUAAUAGACUCGGGCAGUGCAUCUAGUAAACAUGCCUUGCUUCAGUUGUUCUUUGAGUUUGCUGUAGGUGAGGAAUAUAUUUCUCAACAUAAUUCAACAUCAGGUGUAUCUCAGAAGUGGUAUCAGUUGCUUAUAGAUGGGGAAUUUGACCACUUUGCUACCAAUAAUCUGAAAAAUGAUCUUAUCAGUACCGUGUUCGUGGAGUUCCUCAACUAUUGCAGCAAGUUUUUGUUUGAUGAAACUUUAGUUGUGAAACAGGUAGACAGUAGCAGACUAAGCAAGGAUCAGAUUUGGGAACUGGGGGAAACUGCUCUAGCAUCAUUCCAUCAUUUGGCCCAAACUGCCUCAAUUGAUGCUAUAAUCUAUGGAAAAGUGUGGGAAAUAGAGGAUGAAAGGUCUAUUAGGAUAUCACCCAAUUGCUGGGCUGUCCUGUCAAAGGAUAUUAAAGCCGCUGAGGAAGAAUUUAAGGAUACAGGAGCUGAUAUUAACAUGAGGGCUCAUUCAUAUGGCAAACGACCAUGUGGUCAAUUAACUGCAUAUGGCACGCUGAGAGCAAUCCGACAUGUACAGGACAUAUUAUAUGAACUCGAAGAACGGCACCGUAAUGACUAUAGAGGAUUCAGAAGAAUGGGUCAAUAUGGAUGGAACUUUAACGAUGAUAACUAUAAUGAUGACAUUUAUGAUAAUUAUAAUGACAUCUAUAAUGAUGACAAUAAUGAUGACUUCGUCGAUGAUAAUGUGUAUGAUGACUAUGACAUUGACAUUGAUAAUAAUUUUGAUGAUGACAUCUAUAAUGAUGACAAUAAUGAUGAUAAUGUUUAUGAUGACUAUGACAUUGACAUUGAUAAUAAUUUUGAUGAUGACAUCUAUAAUGAUGACAUCAUCGAUGAUAACUAA